UUCUCACAUGCCUCUUCUGCGCGCACUGAUGCUGAUGCGCUUUUUUUCCCUCACAGCCGUGAAUUGUAGUUAGGGAUGUUUAUUUUCUUUCUUUUCUUGCGGUCAUAGUUUAACAGAAAUCAAUCAUGGAAUCGGCCARAGAACCAGAGGAGAAUAAAAUAUCRGUGUGGGUCUGCCGAGAAGAAAAGCUGGUCCUCGGCUUGUCGAAGCGCACCACCUGCGCGGAUGUUGUCCGAGUGCUUCUGGAGGAGCAGAACUCCCAGCAUGGAUUUUCCACGGCGCAGUCUUUCUGCAUUGUGGAGAAAUAUGGCGGGUUCGAGAGGAUUUUGCCGAACAAAACAAAGAUUCUGAGGCUUUGGCUCGCGUGGGGAGAGGAGCAAAAGAACGUGAAGUUUGUGCUGGUGAAAAGCGACGCGUCUUUGGAGAACCACGCCGCCAGGAGCGCAGAGGCGCGCGUGGUGCGCAGCAAACACAACCCCUGUGUCACUAAAGGGACAUCGCGGUCUGUCGUGGGGGGCAUUUCGCCCGAGAAGCAGCGUCGGAUCGUGAGGAAAGCUUUCAGAAAGUUGGAAAAGAUCAACAAGAAGAGGACGCGCGCGGCGCACAGAGAUGCGUCCUGCGCGGAGAAGAUGGAGACGUUGGUUCAUCUCGUCAUUUCCCAGGAUCAUACCAUCCGACAGCAGAUUCAGAGGAUUACAGGACUGGAUGUAGAGAUUGAAAGACAUGAAGCAAAGGUGCAUUUGGACAGAAUUAAAAGACAUGGGAUUAAUUAUGUGCAGAACAUGUACAUGGUCGCAAAUCCGGCCCCAAACCCAGAGAGGGACGAAAAGUCUCUGAGUGAGACUUCUGCCAAGUUUGAAGUGUACGCCCGGCAGUGCGAGGAGAUGCUCAGAUUAGAGGAAGGGCUUUGGGAGCAGGAAGCUCUUAUAGAAACCAUCACAGCUCACAUCCAGGAGGAGCUGAACCGCCGCUGGAUGCUGCGGAGGAAAGAGGAGCUGAGGCGCAAACAAUCAGAACCCGGCGGCGGGGUACCAUCCUUCCUCUGCUURGAGACAGACUCAGCCUCCCAAAACGAAAUGUUUCUGGAGAAAGAGCGGAUCAAAACGCAGCUAGAUGCGAGUUUGUACAUCGGUCUGCGGCUCAGCGCGGAUUUAGAGGCUAUUAGGGGCGAUUUAGAGCUGUCCCAGCAGAUUUGCGCAGCGAGGGAAAAGGAAAUGAGGGAUUUGCUGGAGAAAGUGAACAGUUUGGAAAUGGAGGAAGGGGCAGGCGGUGAGGAGAAAUGCGUAACAGAGGAGACGACCAUGACUGGGACUUUGGAGGAGAAAAGUGUGUGGAUAGAGCAAGACAGAAGUCUGUCCAAGGACCACAGUCUCAACGAUGAUGACUCAGAUACUGGUUUAAGUUCUCUGCACAGUCAGGACUCAGACGGCCUCCCAGUUUGGGAAUCACUGGUUUAAGUUUGGUGACUUGCUUAGGUGUAUUAUUUUUAACAAAACCAAAAGCUUUUACAGUCUCAGGGAUGGAAAUGAUUGUGCAAAAACAUCACUUUAUGUCCAGGUCUUAAACAAUAUUUUCUUAAUCUAACAUCUUUUCACAUAAGCAAAAAUUUGUUGUUGUUUUUUUUAUACCAUAAAAUAAAACUGUUUUAAAGACUGAAAAA